GAGCAAUUUUCCCUUUCCUAUAUAAUUAAGAACUUGCAAGAACAACAAAGAUAAUCACUGAAGCUAGUUAGAUCUCAUAGUUAUAUCGUGAUGGAAAUUUCUUGUUCCAAAAAGGAACAAGAAGAUCAUAGCGAAGCUCGAACCCAAGUAUGGAAAUACAUAUUUGGUUUUGUCGAAAUGGCGGUAAUAAAAUGUGCAAUCGAGCUCAAGAUCGACGACGCCAUUGAAAGUCAUGGAAGCCCCAUAACACUUCCACAGCUAUCAUCAGCUCUAAAAUGCUCUCCACCAAGCUUACACCGCGUGUUGCGGUUCCUCGUUCACCGAGGCAUUUUCAAAGAAGAAGAAACUGCAAUCGAAGGCGUGAAAGGCUACACUCAAACGCCAAUGUCUAGGCUGCUCACUAGCAGCAGCAAAAGCAGCAUGGCUCCUCUGCUGCUGCUAGAGAGCAACCCGGUAAUGCUCGCGCCAUGGCAUAAGCUAAGUGCAUUUCUGAAGGACGACGACACUCCGCCAUUCGAGGCUGCCCACGGGAGGGAUUUGUGGAGCUAUGCUGCAGCGGAUCCGUCGUUCACCAUGCUGCUCAAUGAGGCCAUGGCUUGUUUUGCGAGGCUGGUGAUUGUGCCUGCAGUGAUUGAAAGGUGUGGGGAGAUUUUUGAAGGGGUUGGAUCCUUGGUGGACGUGGGGGGAGGAAAUGGGACUUGUUUGAGCAUCUUGGUUAAGGCUUUUCCUUGGAUUAGAGGCAUUAAUUUUGACCUUCCACAUGUCGUGUUGGUCUCACCAAACUAUGAGGGCGUCAAACAUGUUGGUGGCAACAUGUUUGAUUGUGUCCCUAAGGCUGAUGCUGCUUUCAUCAUGGAGGUUUUACAUGAUUGGGACGAUGAAGAAUGCAUCAAACUUUUGAAAAACUGCAAAGAAGCAAUUCCAAAAAAGACUGGAAAAGUUAUAAUCGUUGAAAUCGUGAUCGAUGAAAAGGAACAAAAUAAAUUGUUAGACGUAAGGUUGAUGAUGGAUAUGAUAAUGAUGGCGCAUACCAAUAAAGGCAAGGAAAGAACACGUGAGGAAUGGGCCUAUGUUCUUCAAAAGGCUGGUUUUAGUCGAUAUAUCAUCACUCCCACUUCAACCAUCCAAUCUGUUAUUCAAGCUUUUCCUUAAUAUAUCUAUCAAAGAAAAUGAGUAUCUUCUCUUUUUAAUUUGUUGUGAAAAUAAAAAGUUUAUGAGUUUGAAUUUAAAGAGUGGUUUGUCCUA